GUUUUUGUGCCUUCUUUAGAUUUCCGGCAUUUAGGUGUCAAUACUUCGGCAACAUGUAUUGUGGAAAAGCGGUGUUGAGUUUGUUAAUAAUAAUUAAUAUUGUUUUCCUGGCUAAAAGCCACAUCAUCAAUCAAAAUGUUGAUAGAAAUAUAGAUUUAUCUACACAAUUGGUUAAGGAAAGCAUUAAAAUUACAGCAGAAGACUCAGACAACAAGCCAAUAAAGGAGUAUAUCUUUUCUCUGUCCGAAAAUGAUAGUAAGAAAUUGGCUUUUAUAUCAGCAACGCUAAGCUUAAAAAAAUACUUAGAUAUAAAGCAAAGAAAGGGCGCAACUGAUAAAAACGAAUAUGUUAUAACAUUCCAAACACCUGCACCGACACAAGUAUUUCACAUUGAAUUGGUAUUCACAAAUAAUGUCAUUCCGCAUCCCGAACAAAUAAAACAAUCUGAUAAACAAUUAGUGAGAUAUACAGGAAAUUUGUAUUAUUUCUCCAAUUAUAAAACUAAAACACAAAAAACAUCAAUAAAGUUGAGCACGUCGAAUAUUAUUUCCUAUACACAAGUCAAGCCGUACAAUGUAGUAUCAAACAAAGUGAAAUACGGUCCAUAUGAAAAUAUUGACGAACAAACAAAUGUGCCUUUAGUCUUGCACUAUGAAAACAAUUCGCCAUUUAUGACAAUUAAAUAUUUGGAAAGAACUAUCGAAGUUUCACAUUGGGGUAAUAUUGCUGUAAAAGAAAGUAUUGCCUUGGAACAUUCUGGGGCAAAAUUAAAAGGUUCCUUUUCCAGAUAUGAAUAUCAAAAAGAUGGCAGUUCAGGCGUAUCUUCAGUGAAAUCAUAUAAAACAUAUUUGCCGGCUUCAUCUACAAGAGUUUCCUAUAGAGACAGUAAUGGAAAUAUAUCUACGUCUAAUAUGAGAGUUAUGCGCGACUCCGUUGAGUUGGAGUUAAGGCCAAGAUAUCCAUUAUUUGGCGGUUGGAAAACACAUUAUGUAUUGGGCUACAAUGUUCCAACCUUUGAAUAUUUAUAUAAAAAUAAUGACAACUAUAUGCUGCAGAUGCGUGUCAUCGAUCAUAUAUUCGAGAGUAUGGUUAUUGAAGAUGCUGUUGUGAAAAUUAUUUUACCCGAAGGUACUUCUAACUUUGAACUAAUAACACCGUACACAGUAACUAGAAACAAAAACGAAUUGGUGCACACUUAUCUUGACACCGUUGGGCGACCAGUUAUAACUUUCUCCAAGAAAAAUUUAGUAGAAAAUCAUAUAGCUGAUUUUAAAUUAAAAUAUAAGUUUUCCACAAUUUCCUUGCUGCAGGAGCCAUUGCUUGUAAUAGUGUUUAUUUAUGCUAUAUUCUUAUUUACUAUAAUUUGUUUAAGAUUGAACUUCUCCAUAACAACACACAGUCACAAAGAUUAGUUAAAAGUACAAUACAAUAGAAGAUUUUAGAAAGUUAAAAUAUUAAAAUAUUAAAUUGAGAAAGCAUAGAACUGUGUUGUAUGUAUUUUAUUACUAAAUACAAUUUUUUAAUUGUAAAAAAGAAAAACCGUUCACAAAAAUAAAUAAUGCAUUUCCUAAUAAAUUUUACCAUAAAAAAAUGUUUUGAAAUAAGAGAUCAAAAUAAAUAGACUACAAAUUUAUUUACUAAUUAUUUUCUAUCAUAUUAUUUUAUUUAUUUUUUUCGUAUUGAAUUAUUAAGAAGCACAUAAUUUUUUAAAGGCUUUUAAAUUUCACAUGAUUUA